UCAACACAACAACUUUCACAACAAACAUUCGCCAACAUCCAUCAUGGUCGGAAUUCUUGGUGCUAACGUCAACAAGAUGACAUCUAAGCGCGAUUAUCACUAUUCAGUACAAGCAGUCGACACACCUUUCAGACCAGCCUCACGAAAGACACAAAAGACACCAAAGACAGUUUAUCGCAUACUCCUUAUCGCUUGUGUCGGUGUUGGUAUUUGGCUACCUAUUCAUAUUCUCCGCAAAGCAGAGUCGACAAAUUAUACAUUCGGAUCGGUUUCAAAAUACUUGCAGUCUUCACAAAUACAAAAUAUCGAGACAAUAAACCAAGAUACCCCAACACAAGAAGUUGUUCAUCAACAACAGCUCGAUACUUCAGAUCCCUGUCACAGCUUUCCAAAUACAGACGGAAUCAUGCUAGUGAUGAAGACAGGAGCAACGGAAGCUUAUCAAAAGAUGCCAACACAAUUAUUAACCGGAAUGCAAUGCCUACCGGACUUCUUAUUAUUUUCUGACUUGGAUCAACAAAUUGGACAAUACCAUGCAUAUGACGUAUUAUCUCGUGUUAAUGAUACGGUCAAAGCAACGCACCAAGCUUUUUCCUUAUAUCGGGUACAGCAAGACUGUCCAGUAUCACAAAGCGACUGUACCCAAGGCAUGAAAGGUGCUUGGGAUCUGGACAAGUACAAGUUCUUGCAUAUGCUAGUUCGAGCCUGGGAAAUGCGGCCAAACCAAAAGUGGUACCUCUUUGCUGAGGCAGAUACUUACAUUGUUUGGUCGAAUAUCGUCAAAUGGAUCCAUGACAGAGCGCCCCAAGACGGCCAGCUCUAUGCCGGAAACGUGGCGAUGUACGGCGACUUUCGAUUUGCCCAUGGCGGUACGGGCUAUCUCAUUUCUGGAGAGCUGCUCAAGAGGGCUGUUGAGGCUGAUAGCGACCUGGGAAGUGUCUUUGACGAUGAUAUUGAGAACAUAUGCUGUGGCGAUAUUCUCGUCGGUAAGGUUCUCGAUGCACUCGGCGUAACGCUUCGCAACUAUUGGCCCAUGUUCAACGGCGACAAACCAAACACCAUGGCAUUUGUUCACCGCCAUUGGUGCCAGCCUGUCCUGACAAUGCAUCACGUCAAUUCAGAGGAAGUGAAUUCGAUCUGGCAAUACGAAAUGUCAAGACGGAACGAUGGGCCUGUGCUCUUCAAAGACAUAUAUGAAGCCUUUGUUGAGCCUCACAUCGCUCACAGAAAACAAAACUGGGAUAAUUUAUCCGAAGGAACGUGUUUCCAUGCACCAACAAGCGGCUUUGAUGAUGAUCGUGAGAGUUCGUUUGAAAGAACAGCUCAUGAAUCUGCCGACGCGUGUGCAUUGGCUUGUAUGGCAUACGGGGUGCAUACCGGCGAUAGAUCCGUACUUGGUAUGAGCGCCUUGGAGGAAGCCGAGUAUCUGCGAACUGCAUAUCGCAGCAAGCUGGAACGUCUCUCACCUGAAGAAAAUCUCUGCUUCCAAUGGAAGUACCGCCAAGGAGAGUGCUGUCUGGGACAGUCCAUUCGGCUUGGUCUACCUGAUCGAGCCGAAGAUGGUCGCCAGUGGCAGAGUGGAUGGAACAAGGGAGGGAUCCAAGAUUGGAUCCAGGUGAAGGGGCAGUGCGCCGAUGGCCCUGCAUGGAUGAAAGGAGAGUGUGUUGGAAGACAUUGCAAGAAGAUGGGCCUCGACGAGGAUAGCGAGGAUUGAUCAGCACAUACUGAGACACAUGAGGUUCGCACAUACUACCUGCAUUGAGUACACGGCGAAAAGCAUUUGGAAUUAUUCACAUUAGCGACGGCGUUUUGAUUUCGGGUUUUAUAGCAUAUUAGCAUUUCAUUGGCGCAUAUUGAAUUGAACACAGCAUACUCUUUUCCUGCUACCCAGCUUCCACUGCCGUGAUGUAUAGAAGUUUGUGUUCGGGGCACAGCGGAUGCUUGGGUCGCAGAUCGCGAAAAUCAGCCGGGCCGAACACAUGGGAUCUUAUUGCACUUAAUACCUUGUCCAUAGGCAUAUAUAUGUAUGAGGAUCCUCCCAAUGGGUUGAGUCUAGACGUAAGCUAUCCAACCUCAGACGCAAUCACAUAAAGGACUGACAACAUGAAGAGUAUAAAGUCAUUGUUACAUAAUCUGUAUCUGAAGAUUACAAGGUAAAGAAUAAUAUGCAGUUCCAAUCAUUAGGUAUAUGCUAACGCCAGUAAAUUUCGCCAAGAUCCUGAAGUAUUCGAGUCGUGGUCAUCAUAAAUUAAACAGUCAUAUGCGCCAUUACUCUGCUCCAAAAAUCGGACUUUAAAUGAUUUCGAACAGUAUUAACCGAGAAGGUGCGCGUUCGGUUCGCAGUGGGUAUAUCAAACUAAGGCCGUUGUCGAUGGUACAACCUUUUUGCCCGAAUGUCUUCCGCAGCGGUGACGGUCCUUGGGAGAGGCCAUAUAGCAAUACGGCUUUGCGUCGCUAGCAGCUGGUUUGCCAUAUCGCUCCUUGAUCUCGCAAUAUUCGUAGCCGUCACCCAUCCAACUUUUCAGAUGACGGUGAAGUUCGCAUCGAUCAACACCGCAUUUACGACAGUACACUUGGCCGUUGACGCGGAUUCGAUGGCCCUCUGCUGCGGGCUGCUUGCUAGUAACGUGCUGACCUCCUCUCCAGGCCCAUUCCAGAUUGUUCGGCCCUGAGUAGCGGCUACUCAAAGGGACCUUGGGAUUCUUGCGGCGAUUGACGUCGUAAAUCUUUGGGCUAGUUAGGGCGAGGCAGACAGCAUCGAUAGGGUCUAAAAAGUCAAGGAUAGCAUAGUGCAACUCUGGGGGCAGAUCGACAAUACUGAUGCGUGUCGAUGGUCGGGGCUGGUUCGGGCUGCAUUCGGGCUCCUUGUCUGUUACAGACUGCGACCUGCGAGGAGGCGGCUUCGGGGGACGGAGGGGCAGUGUCGCUGUGCGGUCUGGUAUCGAUGGCUGAGCCUGGGUUGUGGUGGACGACGAUGACGGCGGCGCAAGAACACCGUUUUCUGGAAUGGAGUGUUGAAGAUGGACCGGACCAGACGCUGUCUGGAUGUCUUCAUCGGUAACAAAACUGGGCGCCGUUUGCUGGUCCGUUAGGGACCAUCCUCGCCGCGGAGGGCGUCGACCACUCUGCUUCAGCAUCAGUUCCUUGAUGCGUUGUGUGUGCUCGUCUGGCGCCUGCUUUGCCUGGCGGUCACGCGAUUCGUCCGCACCAGCGCAAUAGAUGGUGGCAGAGCGAUUGGUCAGCACUUGGACCAUGAUCAGAAUUCUUAAGGGUAUUGAAUUUGAUUCCGUAGCAAGCGUACUGUUCAAUACGCUGGCUGGUGAUUGAUACAGUGACACGGGCGGGGUUGGUCAAGAUUCGGUGAUGCGCAGAUGAACGAACAUUAAGUAAUGCUCCUCAAUAGCGACCACAUUAGAUGCGAUAUUAACAGUUCUCGAAAGGUAGGGCUGUGUUCUUCACAGCUCCUUUCAUAGAAAUAGAUGGUGUUGUGAUGAAGGAAGAAGACCGGAGCCGGCGAUGACGGUGCGAGGUGAGUGACGUCUGUGGUCUCGUGCCAAGUUUUAAUUCCAGCGCUCUUGCGCCCGAAGUGCAGUGGAUUUACGGUGGCGAAAAAACCCUUGACCGACGCUCGGAGAGUUGGGUCUGGGGCGAUCGGCGCUGGCGUGGGCGCUAAACCGGGUCUGCUUAGGCGCAAACGUUAAUUCCUUGCAGAGCACCGUAGCAUGUUACAAGCAGCCGCUAUUUCAUUUGCACGAAUUGUCUGACUUUUCAAUACUAUAAUACAAUAGUUAUACUACAC